AUAAUGGCUCUCAUUAUUUCUCUCAUUUGACAGGUAGCGAACUUAGGAGUUUGAGUUCAUCUUCAUGAUAUUAUAUUAUUAUUAAAGUAGAAAAAUCCGAGCUGGACUAGGUGGCGCGACAAUAACAUCAAAUGCUCAUCAGAUAAGAAACAAUCGUUUAUCGUCAAUAACUCCUAUACCGUAGUACGGAAUCUCAGGGCUUGACUCUAUGAUUGGUAUAUCAUCACACGAACAAACAAAAAACAGAAAGAUGUGCAAGAGUCCGACUCCUUCGACAGAGCAUCUGUGAACCAGCGUAAUCACCGCUUUCCAUAAGCUACAGACUCGUUGGGAAAAGAAAAGCAUAGAUGAACUCCUCGCCUCAAGAAUGAGCCCCAUUGAGUUACCCACCACCAAGCCCCAAAGGGGGUUCGGUAGCAAGCAAUCGCAUGACUAUCCAAACACGACGAAAGGCAACCCAGAUCAAAGCCCCUCUCCAGCACAAGCCCGUAUCACCAUUGUUUCCAUCGAGAGAAGACAUGUCCUCUCCGCGACGUCGGAUACGGAUGCGAGCACUGGGAGGGAACAGGGCAAUAAGCCACUAUCGAAUUGCUUCUAUGGCGGCGCGUUUCCGCAUUGCCUGACUGGGCCCACGAGGGACGAUUGAAACAGUCAGGGUGUCCGGGGACUUUCCCAAAAGCUGGUUGAGAAGAGAAAUCCCCGAAGGGACUUCUCUGUGUGUGAGCUUCGAAUGCGAUUCU